AUGGCCGGGACUUAUGCUGCCGUCAUGCAGGACGACCGUGAUGGAUACGAUGGCGCCUCGCCCCCGAUGUCACUGUCGCCGGCGCUGUCGUCAUCCCCCUUCCCCCAGCUCCCAACGUUCGAGACCACCCUGACGCCCUUGUCUAUGGAUAGCGACACAUUUCUGAGCCAUGAUGCUGGAGAUACCGACGACGGCAAGACGAAAUUGCGUCUUGAGACACCAGCUGCAGGAACAGCAGCCGCCACAGCAGGAGCAGGCGACGCCGCGGGCUUGGCCCAAUCGGUCGCCGGUCCUGCACGAGCCACAGUUCCAGCAAUGGAACCCGCCGAAAAUGGAUACGAACUCCUAUCGCCGUCGCCAGGGGCUGUGGAUGCCGACUCCUCAGGCCCUUCCAGCCAAAACCUGAAAUUGGGAUUUUCGAGUCCGGUUCGCCGUGCAGCAAACACAGACACAGACACCUCCUCGACCGCUGCAAGCCCGACGUCCGUCCGCGGCAGUGCAGGUCCAAGAGCCACGCGACACCAGGACCCAUUCCCGUCCCUGGACAUCAACACCUUGCAACAGCCCACGAUCGUCAAGCCCACGCCGACCCCUGUGCUCAGGACCGCAUCCACGACCAGCGUGCAGCUUGUCCACCCAUCUCCGUCCGUGAGAAGCCGGUCCAGCUCUCACGCGAGCAACAUUGCCCAGCUCGAGGCAACGGCAGAGAUCCUGUCCAUGACCUCGUCCAUCGAGGACGCUAUUCGAGACUUGCACGAGGAGCAAAAGCGAAGCGACAGCCGGAGAUCUUCCAUAUUAGCUGCCAGCACGGGGUCUGGUCCCGACUACAAAGAAACCUUCCCUUUUGCCAGGCAGGUGUCUGGCACACGGUCGAUUCUGGAGACGAACAGCGCUGCACGUCUCGGCGGAUACUCGCCUGCAGGAUAUGUAAUGUCUCCCAAUCACUCUCUACUCUCAAACCCUUCCCGGCUGAGGUCUGGAUCAUACACACGCUCGGAAGCCGACUCCAGCGAGCACUUGUCAAGAAGUGGCCCUGGAAAGGGUUCCACCCGUAGUUCCAAGUCUACUACCAAGCCGUUCUUGACAGACAUUGCCGAAAUGGAACCAUCAGGGCUUACUCUGGCUGCCAUGGACGAAGCCGACAAGUUGGAAGAGCACUCUGAUGAGGAAGAGACUCUGAAUAUACCGGCAAUGGACGACAUUGACCUCACGCCAAACGCGGAUCAAUAUGGCGCUUCUGGCACUACGGACUACUGGGGCCAGGCCGUCGCUCCGGACCAUGCGAAACAGCCGGACGCCCAUGAUGGGCGAAGAUCACCUACCGGGUCUACGGGCACUUUCGAAUUGGCGGAAAUGGCAUUCGCAGACUUUGAUGGCGAACAUUGCUCCCCCGAAGCUGAGCAGGGCCCCUUUGAUCAACCAUUUGAUCUCGACCUGUCUCUACAGUUGCCGCCGGAAGAAGAGCGAGACCCCAACAGGCCCAGGAUUUCCAGACCGACACAGCCAACAGUCAGGCCCAAGUCAUACAUGGACCCCGAGACCGGCCAGCAAAUGCUGUUCUACCCAGCGCGGGUGCCACUCAUGCUGAACCUCCCACAGAAACUAUCAAAAAAGCCUAUGGCGGCCGUGCGAAAUAUCCGCAGGUCCCAGGUUCUCAGCGCUAUGCCCCAAGCAAAUCGCCAGUCGGCAGCUUGGUUACCAGAAGUGCUUCCCGAGCGACUCAUCGACCCCCUAGGCUCUGGACCUGGCUCGGAUGUUGCAUCACCUGUCCCGCGUCCCGAUGCAGCUUCUGAAACUGCCAUGUCUCCCUCAAUGGACCAGGAAGAACCCCAACCGGAAAGUCGGCCGAACCCCCAAAUUCUCAACGAGGAUGCCCGCAAAUCACGUAUGUCUGUUCUGGACCCUAGUGACAAACGCAAGUCUCGGAUGGCCUACCCACUUGAGAAUCUACCCCCACAACUGAGGGCGAGUGCAUUCUUCGAUAUGCCCUCCGAGUCACCCCAUGUUGAGCUCAAAGACGGAUCUGCUAUGGCUACUCUUGAUAGCAUUCUGGAUGCAUCUGCAUCGGCGCCAGUCUCUGCUUUUACUGAUCAUGCAUUUGCCGGAAAACUUGGCAGUGAAGUCUAUGGUGUUGACAAGAAGCGUAGAUCGCAAAUGAAGCGAGCUAGUGUUUCUACUACCGCUGCCUUGGAUGUCAAGAAGCGUGGCUCGUUCUUCCAUUUGCGCACGCCAAGUAAGAUUAGCAUUAAGAGCUCCUCGAAAGAUAGCAGCCGGAAUACGAUCACCGCCUCUAGACUGGGGGGAGAUAUUGACGGCGAAUCGGACGAUGAAAGGACCAAGCUAUCCGGCUCGGUCGAUGGCGAGCCGAUCCACGACGACGAGGAAGAGGAAGGGGAGGAGGAGGAAGAGGAGGAAAGUGACGAAGACCCAGCUGCCUACGGACCGCCUACUACCCUCUUGGCUGAGCUACAGAUCCGCAAACGUCAGCAGAAGCUGCGCACCCGCGCGCCUGCGCAAGCCUAUCCCAACGGCAUGCAUUCAACACUCCUUGAAAUCGACGCUGUUGCGGAGCUGGAACGCAAGAACAGGAAGGGUAAAAAGAUCAAUCUUGCUUGGGAGGAGCCGAACCAAGCGGAUGAGGAAUCAGAUGACGAGGAUGUUCCGCUUGGACUGCUUGCAGCAAAGAAGAACGGCACUCUGAACGCGCACACAAUACAAGCGGAGAUCAACCGCCCAUUGGGAUUGAUGGAGCGCCGCAACCUGGAGGACAAUGAGCCUCUAAGCCAACGGCGCAACCGUCUCCAGGGACGUCCAGCGCUCGCACAACGGCCAAGCAUGAUGACACUUGGGGGUGGUGCUCUUGGCAUGAGUGGCGGUCUGGCUCCGCCAAGUCCCAGUCUGCGGAUACAAACCCCCGAGGAGGACGAGGUCGAGGGCGAGACACUUGCCCAGCGACGGCGCCGCCUCCGGGAACGAGAGGAAGGAGCCAGUGCGCUCCCAGAACCCCGUCCGCUGAGCUCGGCCUUCUCGGUGGAUUUACUGAACCAGCUUGGUGACGCAUUCAAGGACGACAAUUCGGCAGAGACCGGCAGCAAGGGCAAGGAGAAGGCCGCCCCAGCUGAAGAAGAGGAGACGCUUGGCCAACGCCGUCGCCGCCUGCAAGCUGAACGAGAAGCACGCGAAAAGGAGAUGGGCGCUGGGGCGGGGGCUGCAUUGAGCCCACCUGAUGCGCCAAUCCUCACCAAGCGGCAUUCCAUGGCCGAUGUUCUCGGGGCAAGUCGGAAGACGGUCCUCGUCGACCCGAGGGCGGAUGCCGAAAAUGCUAGGCAACAAGAGGCCGAAAGGUUCAAGAGAGAACAGGAUCAGAAGCUCGCCGGGUUCCGUGCUCAGAUGCCGACAAGCUUGGUCACUCCCAACCUGCAGCGUUCAGGUGGCUAUCUGGCAGGACAGCUCAACGAUGGCAAUGCGGGAGGCUUAGGGCGACCCCGUGUUGCAAGCAACUAUGCGGUUCAGGCGCCUCCUAUAGGCUAUAAUGGGGCCAUGAAUGGUGGGGGUAUGAUGAACGGCGGGAUGGUGGGUAAUGGUGCCUACGGUGCGGCAGGUGCUGGUGUUGGCUUUGGCAUGCAGAACGUGUACGCGCACAACAAUCUAAGCCAGCCCAACUUUGCUUACGGCAUGCCUCUGCAGAUGCAGGCGAUGCAGGUGCCAAUGCAACAACCCGGUCAGCAGUACGACAGAGUUGACCGGUGGAGGCAGAGCAUAGUUCCCUGA